AUAAUUUUGAAAGUAUUGAUAGAAAUAAAAAAUAAGGAAUAUCAUGUCAUGCGAUGAAGCUUGUUCGUGUAAUAAACGCGGUAUAGAUUACUAUGGCGUACUAUCGUUGAAAAAAGACUGCGACGAUUUGGAGAUCAAAGCUGCAUUUCGACGCUUAGCGCUACGAUAUAACGCUAAAAGAGCGAAAGAUGAAUGUUUAUGUACUAUUUUCGCCUUAGUAGCCGAAGCAUACGAUGUGCUUUCAGAUCCCCUUAAAAGAACCAUAUACGAUCAAUUCGGCGAGGAAGGUCUUAAAAAUGGCGUGCCUGGAGCCGAAGGAUUUAUUCAACCGUAUACUUAUCACGGAGAACCGAUGAGAACGUAUAGGGAGUUCUUCGGUACCGAAAGUCCUUAUGCUGAUCUACUCUACGUACUAACGCAGUCUUCGUCUCUGCUCGAAUUUCCCGAGGGGCGGGGUAUAAAGCGCAAGGAAGAACCUCUGAUAAAAACCUUGUACCUAACCCUACUGGAGGUCUUUCUUGGAGGGAUAAAGAAAAUGAAGAUACAAAGAUUAGUAUUGGUAGAGGACGAUAAGACUAAGACAGUGACGAAGGAAAAAAUUUUAACGAUACCCAUUAAACCAGGCAUUCCGACGGGAACGAGGAUAGUGUUCCCAGAGGAAGGUGAUCAAGGACCCACAAAAAUUCCUGCGGAUGUAAUCUUCAUCACGGAGGACCGGCCUCACGAGACCUUCCGAAGAGAGGGCUCUGACUUGCACAUGACGGUCGAUAUCUUUCUGCGAGAGGCACUGACCGGAACAGUGGUCACCGUCAACACGCUCGACGACAGAACCCUUCGAAUACCACUAACGUCUGUCAUCACACCAGAUUACAAGAAACACGUACCUGGCCAAGGAUUGCCGCUGCCGGAAAGUCCGAAGAAAAGAGGAAGUCUAAUCAUAUCGUUUAAUAUUGAAUAUCCGGUAUAUUUGCCGGUAUCAAAUAAAAAUUACAUUAAACGAGCGUUUGAUACGUCCGCAGAUAUCAAAGAUACGGAAUACGUUCACCGUCUUAUAUUGGCCAAUAAAAUGCGUAGAAACGUAGAUUUUGAUGUUCCUAUACGUCGAUAUACCGACGAUUACGAGGCAAAAUAAUUAGACGUUAUAUACAAUACUUAAUUUCUCUAUUCUUUUCAUUCAAAUAAUUUAACUCGUCGAUUUGAAGUAUUAAUUUUUUUAGGAAUAUUGAAAUCUCAAAUGCAAUUUGAUUUUGGAUGUAUAUGCAAUUUACAUUAUUAGAAAUAAAUUUACUAUAUCAUUUGAA